AUGGGCUCCAUCGACCCACCGAAGACAUUCAGCCCUGAGGAGCUGCCUCCUCCCUGGAACCUGACGCCUGCAGAUAUAGAAAUCGACAACCACAAGGACGGCGACAAGGGCAAGAUCCUCUUCAAAAACGUCAACAUCUUUGACUCGACCGGCGCGGACAUCUACUCAGGAGAUGUCUUGAUCGAAGGCGAACGCAUCAAGCAGGUCGGCAGGGUCGACGUGGCACCCAACGACGACGAUACCCUCGUCAUCGACGGCCAAGGCAAGAAGACUCUCAUGUCCGGCCUCUGUGACGCCCACACGCACCUGAGCUGGAACAACUCGCCAACCCUAGACGGACUUACGGGGCUGAAACUCGAGGAACACGUCCUGUUCACGGCGCAGUCGGCCAAGACGUACCUCGACUGCGGCUACACCAUGUGUUUUGGCGCCGCGUCGGCCCAACCACGCCUCGACAUCGUCAUCAAGGGCGCGAUCAAGUCCGGCAUGAUCCCCGGCCCGCGGACCGUCGCGAGUUGCCAGGAGAUCACGACCACGGGGGGCGCCAUCAUCCCCAGCAUCAGCAAGUACGCCGACGGCGAGGACGCGAUGCGCAAGACGGUGCGCGAGUUCGUCGAGCUCGGCGCGGAUAACAUCAAGCUCAGCAUGACGGGCGACUAUGUCCACCCGACGAUGGGCAGUACCGAGACGUACUUUACGCUCAAGGAGACGAAGGCCGCGGUCGAGGAGGCCCACAACCGCGGGAAGAGGGUGUGUGCGCAUGCCCGCUCCGCCGCGAGUGUCGUGCUCUGCUGCCAAGCCGGUGUGGACGUCGUGUACCACGCCAGUUUCGCCGACGCCAAGGGCCUGGACAUGCUGGACGCGCUGAAGGACCGCGUGUUCGUCGCGCCCGCCAUCAAUUUUCCCUACAAUACCUGCUCCGGCGACGCGAUCCCGUAUGGCAUGACCCCCGAGAUGGCCAAGAAGAAGGGGCUCGUCGAGGAGGUCGACAAGGCGUGCAAGGCCAUGAACGAGCUGCAUAGACGCGGCGUGCGCGUCCUGCCUGGUGGGGACUAUGGGUUUGCAUGGGCUCCGCAUGGGACAUACGCGAGAGAUCUAGCCCACUUUGUCAACCUCUUCGGGUACACGCCCAAGGAAUCGCUCAUCGCGGCCACGGCCCUGGGCGGCGAAAUCAUGGGCCACCCGGACCUCCUGGGCAAGGUCCAACCAGGAUACUACGCCGACGUGAUCCUGCUGGACGGCAACCCCGCGGAAGAUAUCGAGAUCUUGCAGGACACGUCCAAGAUACAUGCCAUCGUCCUCAACGGGCACGUGCACAAGAAUGUCGCCGUCGCGGGGGCGGACGGGCAGAGCGUGACGGCCGACGGCCUGGCGAACAAGCGUGCGGUGUUUACGAACUUGCCGCUCGUGCCCAGGGAGGAGCAGGAGAGGCAGCAGCGCGAUGCCAGGGAGAAUGGUAUCGGGGUGGAACCGCAGGCUGUGUGA